AUGGAACCUCAACAACAAUUUGGCUGGAAAAGAUUGUUGUUGUUGUGUUCUGUUUUGAUUGGACAGAAAGCCUUCUGUAGAAAGACUUUUUAUGUGGUAGUGAGAGGAUGGGCAAACAACAUGAAUAUUCGCUUGCCCAUCCCAUCUUCUCCACAACUUCAACAGUACCUCGAUCUCAUCAAGGAUGAUCCUGAGGAUUUCAGUGUCCUUCUUCGUUAUGUAGACGAGGAAGGGGACGAAAUCACCAUCCGUAGUGAUGAAGAGCUUGUGCUGGCCUUUGAAAUCUUUUCUCAAACAAGCCAGAGAAAUGAAGUAGAGCUCUUUGUUGACGUUAUCACUACAAAGAACAUUGAACAUUCAUCUUCUUCCUUUUGA